AUGACUGGAGACGCCCAUUUCAACACAGAUGCGGAGAAGCAGACUCCCUCCCCACCGCCUGAGGAGGAGAAGUCGUCUGCUUUCAAAGCCCUCGGUUGGCUCGACCGUCUGCUCGCGCUGUGGAUCCUCCUCGCUAUGAUCAUCGGCGUCCUGCUUGGCAACUUCGUUCCUGAAACAGGACCGGCCCUACAAAAGGGAAAAUUUGUUGGCGUGUCCAUUCCGAUAGCCGUCGGCUUGCUCGUCAUGAUGUAUCCGAUCUUAUGUAAAGUCAAGUACGAGACUUUACAUCAAACCUUCCGUUCCAAGCAGCUCUGGAUCCAGGUGGCGUUCAGCGUCUUCGUCAAUUGGAUCGUUGCGCCUUUCUUGAUGCUUGGACUGGCAUGGGCAUUCCUGCCAGACCAGGCCGGACUUCGCGAAGGCCUCAUCCUGGUCGGACUAGCACGCUGUAUUGCGAUGGUCUUGAUCUGGACCGAGCUGGCUGGCGGUGACAACCACUACUGCGCAAUCUUGGUGGCCAUCAAUUCCGUUCUCCAAAUCGUACUCUAUGCGCCGAUGGCGAUUUUCUUCAUCAACAUCAUCAGCCAUUCCAAGUCGGAGGUCACGGUCUCAUAUCCAACCGUCGCAAUCAGCGUUGCCGUUUUUCUUGGGAUUCCCUUGGGUGCUGCUGUCAUCACGCGAUUUGCGCUACAAUGGCUCGCAAGCCCCGAAUGGUAUGAUCGGGUAUUCCUGAAGUAUCUCUCCCCUUGGUCCCUCAUUGGCCUGCUUUACACCAUUCUCGUGCUUUUCGCCAGCCAGGGUCGCCAAGUCGUGCACCAGAUUGUCUCCGUGGUCCGGGUUGCAGCGCCCUUGGUCGUGUACUUUUUCGUGAUUUUUUCCGUCACCCUAGCGGUCUCGCACCGUCUCGGGUUCGGAUACAAGCUGUCGGCCACCCAAAGCUUUACUGCCGCGAGUAACAACUUUGAGCUUGCCAUCGCUGUCGCCGUGGCAACAUAUGGGCCUGACAGCGAUCAGGCACUCGCUUCUACUGUGGGACCGUUGAUCGAAGUGCCGGUGUUGCUUGGUUUGGUAUACUUAGCGAAGUGGUUGGCCAAGCGGCGUGGGUGGAAACAGUGA